CCCAGGAAGCGCUAUGGGCCCCUCUGGACCCACUCACACCACCUAGACGCGUCUCCAGCCAGCAGCACCUCCCAACCCCGAGGUGAGCACCCAUGAAUGCCCCUCCACCCAAGGAUGCCCACCCCAAGGCAGGGAGACAGGCACCCACAGCCCUUCUCUCCACAGGGCAGCAGGAUGGCCCAGCAGCGCCAUGCCAUUUCCCCACCACUCAAGACAGAGGAGGACUACAUCCCCUACCCCAGCGUGCAUGAGGUGCUGGGCCGGAAGGGGCCGUUCCCCCUCAUCCUCCUGCCACAGUUUGGGGGUUACUGGAUUGAGGGCACCAACCACCAGCUAAGCGGGGCCCCUGACUCGCCUCCCACACUGGUACCUGGCACCCGGGCAAAGCUGGAGGGCAACCACACAGCCAAAAUUUACCGCAAGCACUUCCUGGGCAAGGAGCACUUCAACUACUACUCCCUGGACCCAGCGCUGGGACACCUCGUCUUCUCCCUCAAAUAUGAUGAGCAGGAGCACCUCCACCUGCUGCUGCGCACCCGUGCCCGCACCCUACAUGAUGUGGUGCCCAUCUCCUGCCUGGCCGAAUUCCCCAACGUGGUGCAGAUGGCUAAGCUGGUCUGUGAGGACGUCAAUGUGGAUCGCUUCUACCCCGUGCUCUAUCCCAAGGCAUCCCGCCUCAUCCUCGCCUUUGAUGAGCACGUGCUCAGCAACCACUUCAAAUUUGGGGUCAUCUACCAAAAACUGGGGCAGACCUCCGAGGAGGAGCUUUUCGGCACCACGGAGGAGAGCCCCGCCUUCACCGAAUUCCUCGACGUCCUGGGCCAGCGGGUGCAGCUGCGGGACUUCAAGGGGUUCCGAGGGGGGCUGGAUGUGACCCAUGGGCAGACAGGCAGCGAGUCGGUCUAUUGCCACUUCCGUGACAAGGAGAUCAUGUUCCACGUCUCCACCAAACUGCCCUACACCGAGGGGGAUGCCCAGCAGCUGCAGCGGAAGCGUCACAUUGGCAAUGACAUCGUGGCCAUCGUCUUCCAGGAUGAGAACACACCAUUUGUCCCUGACAUGAUUGCCUCCAACUUCCUCCACGCCUUCGUGGUGGUGCAGCUGGAGCAGGGGGGCACCCAGGGCACCCUCUACAAGGUCUCCGUCACUGCCCGGGACGACGUGCCCUUCUUUGGCCCGCCGCUGCCCGACCCCGCCAUCUUCAGGAAGGGCCCCGAGUUCCAGGAGUUCCUGCUGACAAAGCUCAUCAACGCCGAGUACGCCUGCUACCGCGCCGAGAAGUUCGCCAAGCUGGAGGAGCGGACGCGGGCGGCGCUGCUGGAGACACUGCACGAGGAGCUGCAGGCGCGCAGCCAAGCCAUGCUGGGGCUCGGCCCCGACGACGAGCGCCCCGACAACGGCGGCGCCGCCCCGGGGUUCUUCGAGUCCUUCAAGUCGCUGCUGGUGCCCGGGAGCCGCCGGGGACGCCGCGGUAGCGCCAUCGGGCUGGGCUCGGUGGAAGAGGUGGGUACCUCGCUCUCCCCCCUCGGUGUCUCCCCGUUCCCCGGUGUCCCCCCGGUUAACGGCGCCCCGCAGGCGCUGCUGGUGCCAGGGAAGAGCCCGUCGCGGCGGCGGCCCGGCCCCCUUGGCUCCCGCCGCUCCAGCGCCAUCGGCAUCGAGAGCAUCCAGGAGGCGCCGGCCGGCAGGGACAGCCCCGCAACCGCCGACGGCUCUAGCUCCACACACAGCUCCCCCGAGAGCCGCCGGAACCCCGACAGGGCUGAGAAGCCGGAGCCGCCGGAUUUCUCCCGGUCCUCCUCCAGCUCCAGCAGCUUCGGCAGCGCUGCGGAGGAGCCCGGCGACCCGGGACGGGAGUGCCGCUCGCCCUCGGGGAGCCACUGCGACGCCUUCACUGACACCCCCUGGCCGGAUGAUCCCCCCGAGAGCCCCCCAGGCCGCUGCCCACCUGACCCCCCCUACCCUGAGAUCAAAAUCCAGCUGGAGCAGCCUUCCCAUAAUCCGGUGAGGCUGUUUGCCCCGCUCCACCAGUGUAGUAUGGGGGUGCCCCCACUGGGGUUCCCUCACUGAUGUUCCUCCCACAGGGUUCCUAGUCACCCCCCUUACCCGUGGGGGUGUCACUGCUUCGUCCCCUCUGUGUGCCACCCCCAUGCCAGGAGCUGAAGCCAUCAUCCCCGGUGCAGAAUUUGGGGGGACUCUCCAAAAAUAUUGGGAUAUGCCCCCCUCUAGACAAUCUCUGUCACCCCAAAAACCCCUUGGGUGAGGGGAUGAUGCAUCACGAAGGGGAUCCCCUCUGCCAUGACCCUAAAAGGGUUCAACCCCAGCCUCAUCCCCUCCCCCCCAAAAAAAAGAGGGGACUCAAAUCUAGGCUAACCCCAAAGUGGAGCUCCCCUCCCCCACUUUAUUUUAAGGGAAAAAAGUUCUGGAAUGAGCCAGAGGCUGGAACUGGGGGGAGGGGGAGGAAUAUUUUUUCACACCCUCCCAACCUGUGUUUGUGUUUCCUGUGAGUCCUGUAUAAAAUAAAGGUUUAUUUAUCGCUA